GAAGUGUAGCUAUGAUGAAAAUUACAGGCCUCUCUCCUAUUUUUAAGUGGGAGGACUUGCACAAUUGGUGGCUGACUAAAUACUUUUUUUGCCCCACUGUGUAUAUAUAUAUUUUUUUUACAAUGUUUGUUAAUAUGGUGAAGCGGUUUGACAUGUAUAGCUAAAGUUGAACCGGCAUUAAGAAAGAAAGUGAAAUCUUAAAUGUUUAUGCUGCCAUCGCUUUGGUUGCUAUUAGUAUUGUCGUGCUGGCAGGAGGAAAAAAAAGCUGUCCUGUAAACGUCCCCACCAAGCUUUUCAUCAGGUCAACAGAUCCAAAGCUUAAUUAAUUGCGGUCAUUAUUGUUAAUAUUGUAAAUAUUUUAAGUUGGACAGACUAUUUAUUCAUUGAGCGUUUUUGUGAAGCACAUUGAGUGACAAUCAUGUUUUUUGGGGGACUUUUUUUGCAUAAUGUUGACCAGAUGUAUUGUAAGCCUUGUAUUUAUCUUGUAUGGAAGAAAAAAAAACUACUCAAACUUACAAAUACAUACAUAUCUAUUGAUAUGUGUUUUUUGUGUGUUGUGCAGAUUUUAUUCUCAUCCAUUUUUAGCUAGCAGUGGCUAAAGUUUGAAGUGGCUGUUUAAAGAAAUCUGAGCCAUGGAUUAUAGUUAUCCUGGCUCAUAGACUACUUUCAGAAAUAUGAUCCAUGGAUUAUAGUUCUCCUGGCUCAUAGACUACUUUCAGAAAUAUGAUCCAUGGAUUACAGUUUCUCCUGGCUCAUAGACUACUUUCAGAAAUCUGAUCCAUAUCGGAAGACCAUAUCCUUUGUACAUUGGCAGAAAUAUAUUGAGGCAAGAAACUACGAGACCCAGCAUGCAACAGCAUGUGAUCUCACCAAAUAUUUCCUCAUUUAACCCCACUCUGCCUCAUUGGGAUACUUAUGGGAGAUUGUCAGUAGUCAGUUCUCUCCUCGCUGGUGGCGCUCUACAGUUUCAAUGUGACGUUUUAUUCUGUAACAGUGAAUGGAAUCAUUGCUAUAAUAUGAAGUUAAAUGUACUGCAAGUAUAUAAGGCACCGCAAGAUGGCAGCAGAGACCAGAACCUUUAUAAACCCAUUGUCAAUGAACCCAUGCAAGGUGAGAUUUAUGCGCCCAUGUCGUCUCGUCUGCUGCUGACUUUCUGGUUGAAACUGCUUUGUUUCGAAUUGCAAAUUCAUGUCAAUAAUAAAUAUGAUACAUAUAUAUUUCUAAAAAAGGCCAAUAUGAUGUGUACCCACAAAAGGAUCUGCACACGUUCUCAGUUAAACCUCAAUAUUUAGUUGUGACACUCAUAACACAUUAUUCGCGAGUUCCCUUUCUUGACAUUUCUACAUGACAGAAAUUGCUGUCAGGGUGCCAUCAUAACGGAAUUGAUAGUAGAUGCUCCAGUCGUUGUAAUCUUUGAGAGCCAAUGAAUUUCGUGCUUCUAAAAACGGUGAAUAAACCGUAUCCAACCGCAGCUGAAGAAGAGGACAGAGACCCUCCUUUCUGCGUAAGCGCAACCAACCAACAGUGGGCAUUCAUUAAUAUUUCUUUGGGAGUGAGGUAUAGUAUACAGAUGCGUGACUACUUUUCGCUAAAUAGUUUUUUAUUUAAACGAGCUAAUUGCAGGUGCAAUUGUGGUCCUUGUUGUUUUUAACAUAGCAUUUGAGAUCUGUUCCAGUUUUUGAUCAUUUUGAUGUAGUGUCGCUGCUAAAAGAUGCCGCAGCCGAAAUCCCGAAAAAUCGCCGUCCUGGGCUACAGAUCCGUCGGUAAAUCCUCCUUGACAAUACAGUUUGUGGAAGGCCAGUUUGUCGACUCAUAUGACCCAACCAUUGAAAACACGUUUACAAAGAUGAUCACAGUGAAUGGUCAGGAGUACCACCUGCAGUUGGUUGACACAGCUGGACAGGAUGAAUACUCCAUUUUCCCACAGACCUACUCCAUAGACAUCAACGGAUACAUUUUGGUGUAUUCUGUCACGUCAAAUAAAAGUUUUGAAGUAAUAAAAGUUAUCCACGAAAAAUUAUUGGAUAUGGUGGGUAAAGUACAAGUACCCAUCAUGUUGGUGGGGAACAAGAAAGAUCUUCACAUGGAACGUGUCAUCAGUUGUGAAGAAGGCAAAGCACUGGCUGACUCGUGGAACGCAGCAUUCAUGGAGUCCUCUGCAAAAGAGAACCAGACGGCGGUAGAGGUGUUCAAGAGGACCAUCCUGGAAGCGGAGAAAAUGGAGGGGGGAGCCCCCCAGGGCAGGACGUCCUGCUCCCUGAUGUAACCAUCCGCCUCGGGCCCUCGCAACCCAUCCCCAACCACAGCACUGGACACUGGGAAAUCCCUCUACUUGAAGUGGCUAACAGCCUGUUCUCCCUCGAGAAACGUCUUCUUUUUCUCCCUUUUAUUUGUGUUUUUUUUGGGGGGAAGGACAGAGGAAGACUUUGACAUUAAGAGUAAUUAUCCAUCCCAGCUUAGAGUACACUCGUAUCACCCCCCCCCCCUCCUGUCUUCCCCUUCUUCUGAGAAACUAAACAUGGUGAAAUAUCGAGCCUUACUUCUCAUUUAAAGCCUGUAAUCUCAUUGCUACCUGAGCCCCCCCCCUGCCUUCCUCUUGAAAAGUUUGUAUAACAACGUAUUUCAUAAAGUUAUUAUUAUGGCCACUACAGUUGGCCAGCAUUCAUUCACUAGUGUAGUGAAUGUUGAUUCCCUUUUUUUUUGUAAUCAUUAAAUCUGCAUAUUGUUUCACUACA